AUGGCAGGUAGAUAUGAACAUUCUCUUUUAAACAUAAAUGCAUCAUUAAAUAUCGAUCCAAAUAAUGUAAAAGCAUUAAAAUGUUGUGUAGAAACUUUACCGAACGAUGAACAUUCACAUUUAGAUUUAUACAAAUCAUCAGCGUUGAAUCCAAAUGAUGCAGAAGCAAUGAGAGCAAUGACUUCCCUUAAAGAUCCCGUCGAACCUAGUGAAACCACAAUGCCUGAUCCAAUGUUAAUUAUUAGUCCUACGUUAACUACAAGUCCAUUAGCAGAUACCUUUACCCCGAACGUACCAAAUUCAAAAUUAGUAAAUUCAAAGUUAGCACGAAACAACGUGAUUCCAUCAAUUGAUACAACUUUAAAAGUGACCGAACCUCCGCAAAGGGAAAGAAGAAUAACAAGCCUAAUUGCAAAUCCGAGUUCAUAUUAUGAAAUAGGAAAAUGGAAUGCUCUUGAUAUAGAUAGCAAAUAUGAAUCUACUGUGCUUCCAGCUCCUAGGAGAUCUAUGUCAUUAAAUUACCCAAAAUCAAAAUCUAUUGAUAAGGAUCCUAGUCAUUUGACCUCAACAAACGAAAUGUUUCGUAGCUUUGGAAUAGACAAAAAAUCUAAUUCUGAUCAUGAUUUUCUAUCUAUUUCAAAUGAUUUUUACCAAACAUGCCUUCAAUCUACUGAAAGUUCAUUAAAUGACAAUUCAUUAAAUGUGUCCCCUGUACUAAAAAAUUGUUUACUGGAUGGUUCUGCAAAAAAACUUCAUCAUAAUCGCGCUCAUUCUUAUACUCCUGAAACAAAUAGUGAAUUGGCUCCUUUAGACAUUCCUCAACGUCCAAUUUCCACAAAUUUGAGCUUACGACGUUUAAAAGAACAUACUUCUUUGGUUUCUAAUGGUGAUGAUAUUUCAAAAAAUAUUAAAUCUGAUGAUUUACAAGAAUUUUUAUAUGAUUACGCUCGUGGAAAAUUUAAUCCUUCUUCUAUUCCAAAAAAACCGAGAAGAUUAUCAACUAUAAAAUUGAAGGAUUUAAAUUGGAAACUUAGUUUACCAACUUCUCCUCUUUCGGAAUAUACUACAAAUAGUGAAGAUACUUUUGAUUCUUUUACUGUUAGUAGUGAAAAAUCAAAUUCAAUACCUUCUGUCAUCGAAGAAAAUAAAGAAGAUCUUUCUCCAAUUCAUGAUAACGAAAAUUACGAUGGUGAUGAUUCAGAGUCCUAUGAUGAUACUGAUUCUUAUUUUGCUCCUCCAAUGCCUCCAAAUGAGACUGAACGUAGAAGAGCUUUGUGGCGAUUCCAAAUAUUAAAUACUUCACAAGAUGUAAAUUUUACACGUAUAGUUAGACUUGUUAAAGAACAUUUUAAAGUCCCAAUUACAUUAAUUUCUCUUGUUAAUACCACUCAUCAAUGGUUCAAAGCUGAAAAUGGUUUUGGUUGUUCUCAAACAAAACGGGAAAUCAGUUUUUGUGGUCAUGCCAUUUUACAAGAAAACGGUGAUCCAUUUGUAGUUCCUGAUUCAUUACUUGAUUGGAGAUUUAAAAAAAAUCCUCAAGUCAUAGGUCCUCCUUAUAUUCGUUUUUAUGCUGGUGCUCCUUUACGAACAAAAGAUGGUCAUAAUGUUGGUACUCUUUGUCUAAUCGAUACUGAACCUCGUGAUUUCUGCGAAAGAAUGCGUGAAUCUUUAAAAGAUUUUGCAAAAGUCGUUAUGCGUGAACUAGAACUUUGGGCUGAUAGAUUAAGAUUAGGUGUUAGAAAUAAGAUGCAAUCUAGUCUAGCUGAAUUCAGUAAAUUUUGUCUCGAAACUCAACUUGCUCAUGGUGAAUAUAGUAGUUCUGAAGAUGGUGAUCCUAUUAUGCGUAGAUGUUUUGAAAGAGCUGUAACUUUAAUAAAAGAUACUUUAGAUGUUGAUGCUUUAUAUUUAUUGGAAAUGCCUUCUUUAUCUGCUCGUCAAGUUACUUACGCUAGUCGUUUAUCCAAUGAUUUCUCUCAUGAUUUUCUUUUAAAUAGUCCUCCUCCUGAAUUACCCACAAAACAUUUGAAAUUCCUUGCUUCUGCUGGUCUUUCAAUUUCUACUGAUUCAAUUUCAACUCCUGUAACUACUACUUUCUUAACUCAUUUAAUGCAUACUCAUGCUCAAGGUUACAUAUUUCAAAAUGCCUUACCUCAAUUACCUAAUCUUUUCCCUAAUGAUAUGUGUUCUGGUAUUGUCGUUCCUAUUCAUGAUAAUGCAAAUAAUGCUUAUGGUUUUCUAAUAGCACUUACAAAUGAUCCUUUAAGACAAUUCGAAGAUGAAGAACGUGUUUAUUUGGGAAAUUUUGGUGUCAAUAUUGUAAGUGAAGUUCUUAAACGACGUGUUAUUGUAGCUGAUAGAGCAAAAAGUGCUUUCAUUAGUUCAGUAUCACAUGAAUUACGAACUCCUUUACAUGGAAUUUUAGCUAGUUGUGAAUUAAUGAGUGAAGGUCAUUUAAAUGAAGCUCAAACUGAAUUACUUAAAACAAUUCAAAGUUGUGGAACUGGUUUAAUUUCAAUUAUAAAUAAUGUUUUAAAUUAUGCAAAAAUGGAUAAUUCUCGUGAUUAUUCAAAAACGGAUAAUUCUCGUGAUUAUGAUUUAAUGCAUCCUCCACCAGUUCCAGUUUUAAAUAAAAAAGUUGAUUUGGUUAAAAUAUUAGAAGAUGUCGCUGAAUCAUGUGUAGUAGGACAACAAAUGGUAUCAGUUAUUUAUGAUAAAAAUACUAAUGAUGAAACUGGUUCACCAUCACAAGCAAGAAGAAGACAUGUUUGUAGAUUAUUACAUCCAUAUCAAUCUAAGAGAGAAGUUGGUUCACCUGAAGUUGAUCUUCUUAUGGAUAUAGAACCUCGUGAAAAUGGUUGGUGGGUUAUGGCACAAGAUGGUGCGAUCAGGCAAAUGCUUAUAAAUAUUGUAGGUAAUGCUCUUAAGUUUACGAAACAAGGUUAUAUUCACUUGUCGCUUGCAACUGUUGCUUGUCAACAUGAAACUUGCGAACAUUCUUGUUGCCAAAAUUUCCCAUCCGAUCUAGUCGAAGAAUCAGAACGAUUACAUGUUCUUUUUACUAUAACUGAUACCGGUCGUGGUAUUGAUCCAAAUUUUCUUAAUACUCACCUUUUCCAUCCAUUCACUCAAGAGGAUCCUCUUCAAAUUGGUACUGGAUUAGGUUUAAGUAUUGUCAAAUUAUUAGUAGAAAAAAUGGGUGGUAAAUUGGAUGUCGAGAGUGAAGUUAAUGUUGGAACUAGAGCGAUAAAGAGGAAAGAAAGAGAAAUUAUAUUGAAAGAAUUUCAAAAUAAAACUGUUGUGGUCAAAGGUGCUAAAAGGAAAAUUAAAGAAAUUACUGAUCGAUUUCUUAAAAAUUGGUUUAAUGUAAAAAAGGUGGUUCUUGAAGAACGACCUAGUAAAUUAGAUGGUGAUUUGGUGAUAAUUUUUAAUGAAGAUUUAGAAAUUUUAAAAUCUUUAUUAUCGGAAAGUAAAAAUAAAUCGUGUUGGUUUAAUUCAAAUUUAAUUACUGAAGAACCUGAUAAAAUAAAUUCACCAAUUAUUUUUGUCACUUCAUUAGAAAAACAUGGUAAAUUUAGAGAAAUAAUUGAACAAAUUCAAGAUGAAAUUGAGAUGAAUACAAAACAAAAAUAUCGUAAAGUUGUUAUUAUUUCAAAACCUAUCAGCCCUCGAAAAAUAGAAAAUGCUAUUUUAUCAUGUUUUAAUCUUAAAUUAAACAUUAAAUCUAAAGAUUUACCACAAAUUAUUACCACUCCACCUAUUAACGAUGAUGAUACAUCAUCAGAUGAUACACUUAUAUCUUUACAAACACCACCACUUAAUACUCCACCAAUGAAAAUUGAUCCGUUUGAAACCACAAACAUUGAUUUACAAUCAUUAUCAAAUCAAUUAAAUCCUUUAAUUAAUUCUACUACUACUACUAUGUUAGAUGUUUCUUCACAAAUUUUAUCAUCAUCACCUCCUACUUUAGAUAAAUUUAUAUCAACACCAAAAUCACGAACUUUAUCCACUUCACGUUCAUUACCUACAAUAUCUACCCCUGAGAUAGAUCCUUCCAUACAAUUACAAUCUGGACUUCGUGGACCUAGAGUUCUUAUAAUAGAAGAUAAUAUAGUUAAUAGAAAAAUCUUAUCAACAUUUUUAAAAAGUCGAGGAAUUGAUUUUGAAGAAGCAGAAAAUGGUGCUAUUGGUGUUGAAAAAUAUCGAAAUGCGUUAGAACAUAAAGAUAAUCGAGAAAGAAAAUUUGAUGUGGUAUUAAUGGUAAUGAAUGGUAAUGUUGCCACAUCAGAAAUUAGAAAGAUAGAGAGAGAAUAUACACAAAGACGACAAAAAUUAAAACAAAGAUCAUUAACAGAAACUUUAAAGGGUAUAUCAAGGAUUCCAACAGGAUUAUUUCCUACUUUGACAAAUUUAUCUACAACAAAUAAUGAACAAACAGAUACAUUAAAUCAAUCAUCAAUACCAAUAGAAAAUAAAUCUUUAAUUUUCGCAUUAACUGGAUUAGCUAGAGAAGAAGAUAAAGUUAUUGCUUAUGGAAGUGGAGUUGAUGGAUUUUUAACAAAACCUGUUAGUUUAAAAACUUUAGAAAAAGUACUUAAAAGAUGGUCUGAAAAAGGUGAUUUUACCGAAGAAUUUCCGGAAAUAAAAUCUCCAACUUUAAUUAAACCCGAUGAAAUUUCAACUCCCGUAAAUGAAAAUCAAUAG